CCGCCUCUGGGAAGCUUAGCAAUUUACAGCAAACAGAUCCGAACAUAGUCACUCCCCGUUCUUUCUACUCCAUAUCAUUCAAUUUCGUUCCCUCCAAUUUACUGGCUGCUUGCUCAGUUGAAUUUGCAUAAAAUGCAAAGGAGGCAUAAAACUCGUUCAACAGCUUUUCAAACAGCGACUAGUAAUGAAGGAAGUAGCACGUCUACUGAUGAUGAAGAUUCCCAAAUCAAUUUUCAUCUUGGAAACCCAAGGAGGUCUUCUUAUAUGUGGCUAACAUUGUUCGUGGUGAUCACGUAUUGCUGUUCAGCAAUAUAUAGAUACCAAUUUGAAAACAUGCCUGUGCCUCUCACUGCAGAACAGGCAGGCAAGAGGGGUUUCUCAGAGAUUGAAGCCUUGAAGCACGUCAAGGCCUUGACUGAGUUGGGCCCACAUCCCGUUGCUUCUGAGGCUCUGGAUUCUGCCCUGCAGUAUGUUUUGGCAGUAUGCCAAACCAUUAAGAAAACGGCUCACUGGGAAGUGGAUGUUGAAGUGGACUUUUUCCAUGCAAAGUCUGGUGCAAAUCGUUUGGACAGUGGUUUAUUUAUGGGGAGAACACUUGUUUAUUCAGACCUGAAACAUGUUGUAGUGAGGAUCUCGCCAAAAUAUGUAUCUGAAGCAAGAGAGCAAUCUAUUCUAGUUUCUUCUCAUAUUGAUACUGUUUUCUCAACAGAAGGCGCUGGAGAUUGCAGUUCCUGCAUAGCUGUUAUGAUGGAACUUGCACGUGGGAUUUCUCAAUGGGCUCAUGGAUUGAAGAAAGCUAUAAUAUUUUUAUUUAAUACCGGGGAGGAGGAGGGUCUGAGUGGUGCUCACAGCUUUAUAACCCAGCAUCCUUGGAGUAAAACUGUUCAUAUGGCUAUUGAUCUGGAGGCCAUGGGCAUUGGAGGGAAAUCUGGUAUAUUUCAGGCUGGUCCUCAUCCAUGGGCUAUUGAGAGGUUUGCUUCAGUAGCAAAAUACCCAUCUGGGCAGACUAUAGCGCAGGACCUUUUUUCCUCAGGAGCCAUAAAAUCUGCAACAGACUUCCAGGUGUACAAAGAAGUUGCUGGCCUUUCUGGCCUUGAUUUUGCAUAUGUAGAUAACACUGCAGUUUAUCAUACGAAGAAUGACAAACUGGCGCUCUUAAAGAAAGGAUCUCUUCAACAUUUAGGGGAAAAUAUGCUUGCUUUCCUGCUUCAUAUUGCUGCAUCUCCUCAGUUUCCCAGAAGCAAUACAACAGAAGCAGAAGAAGAAAUAAGUCAAAACAAUGCCAUAUAUUUUGACAUCCUGGGAACAUACAUGGUCGUUUACCAUCAAAAAUUUGCAAAUAUCCUUCAUAAUUCAGUAAUAAUGCAAUCACUGCUAAUUUGGACUACAUCAUUGCUUAUGGGCGGUUUUCCGGCUGUUGCUUCAUUGGCCUUGUCAUGUUUGAGUGUUCUCCUGAUGUGGGUGUUUGGCCUAGGUUUCAGUUUCCUGGCAGCCUUUUUUCUAUCCUUGAUAUCGUGGUCACCAGUGCCAUAUGUUUCAACCCCAUGGUUGGUGGUUGGAUUAUUUGCUGCACCAGCUUUUCUUGGAUCAUUGACAGGUCAACAUUUGGGUUAUCUUCUACUUCAAAAAUAUCUCUUGGGCGCACAAUCAAGGAGAAAACAACUGUCCCGGGCUAUUCAAGUUGAAAUUGUCAAGGUAGAGGCUGAAAGGUGGCUCUACAAAGCCGGGUCUUUUCAGUGGCUUAUUCUUCUCAUUUUGGGGAGCUAUUAUAAAAUAGGGUCGUCUUACUUGGCUCUUGUUUGGUUAAUCUCACCAGCAUUUGCAUAUGGCUUUUUUGAAGCAACUCUAACCCCAGCAAGGUUGCCAAAGCCACUCAAAUUGGCAACCUUGCUUCUAGGGUUAGCUGCUCCAGUUUUAAUUUCUGCUGGCACAUUUAUCCAGCUGGCUGGUAUCGUCAUAGGCAGUAUGGUCCGUCUUGAUAGGAAUCCUGGUGGUACACCUGAAUGGCUGGGGAAUUUUGUGAUUGCCGGAUUUAUUGCUGCUCUCUUGUCCUUGACCCUAGUGUAUCUCCUAGCCUAUGUUCAUAUUUCAGGUUUUAUUUACUGCAUAAAUAUUUUGCAAUCAGCGUUCAUGUCUUACGUGCUAAAGGCCAAUCAUCCUAGGAAGUAUGAUGCUGUCAGCGUAUCUUUAGCAGUGUAUUAUGGUGCUGUCCACCAUUUACUGAAGACGAAAGACACUGCGAGCUGUAAUGUAAAUGCCCAUUCUCACCUGUAUUCUUCAAUGUUUUUGUUAAUAUUUGAAUGUAAAACACAACAUAUUCUCUCAUAUGUUAUGCUUGUCACAUUGUACAUUUGUUUUGGGGAUAUAUUUCAGGUUGUACAUGUUGUAGAUGCAACAGGAAACUUUGCUGAAGGGAAACAGAAUAUAUCAUAUGUGUCAUUAUUUUCUACUACUCCUGGAAAGUUGAUGAAGGAGGUAGAACAGAUUCAAGAAGGUUUUGUGUGUGGGAGAGACAAAGAAGUUGAUUUUGUGACUUUCUCUGUCAAAUAUGGUUGCUGGACUUACAACGACACUGAAGGUGGCUGGAGUGAGUCAGAAAUUCCUAAACUCCAUGUCGAUAGUGAUGCUAAAGGCGAUCAAAGGGCUACCCGAGUUUCAAUCGAUACCAAGGGUUCCGUCCGCUGGGUUCUUGCAAUUAAUACAGAAGAAAUAGAAGAUUUCAAGUUUACAGAUACUGAGAACUCGGAAGAAUUAAUCCGAGCGGGCAAAAAGGGCGGCGUGGAUGGUUGGCAUAUCAUCCAGUUUUCAGGAGGAAAGAAUUCACCAACAUUGUUUGAUCUGGAUCUGCACUGGAGAAGAACAUGUUCAACUCAGACAUCUAAGGAUGUUUUUGAUGGGGUUAGGAAAGAACAAAGGCCUCUUCUGAAACUAAGGACAGAUGUGGACAAAACGACAGACAUAACCGAAAGAAUAUUGAUGAAGCUUCCUCGUUGGUGUUCCUUGUUUGGGAAAUCUACUUCUCCCCGUACCUUUGCCUUCUUCAGAGACCUUCCUGUUAACUUUUAGCUUACUCGAGAUUGAAGAGAGAACUUUAUUUGGUUGACAUACUAUAGUCAUGGUCGUGAAAUAAACACUAAUAAAAUCUUCAUUUUAGUGGUCAUGGGAAUUUAAUCUAUAGUGUCAACUUUUC